AUGGCUACUGCAGACCAAUCUCCGGGCUCUCUUCCACCCCAGAAGCAGCCGCCGCCGCCGUUGCAGCAAAAUUCCACGGUUUCUCAGCCAAUGACGACGGAUAGCUUAGAGCACCAUCAUAACCACACGGAAUCGGGACUCCCGCCAUUUCCACAACGUGGUUCAUCAUGGACCGACUUGACCAGCCCAGAACAAACUGCGCCUGGGCAACCCCAGCAAGACUUCUCUCGACGGCAACCGUCUUGCCAGACGAACACCACAAAGCCAGCAACUUCAAGCCGGCCCAUUUCGCAUCAGCCACUUCCUAUACAAUCUGAACCGCACCAAACGCAACCGCAACCGCAACUACAGCCACAGUCACAACAACCUCGUUCUCAGAAUGGGGUGCCGUCAGCUCUACCGGUGGAAGCUGUCCUGGUCCCGCAUACCGUUGGACAAGUGGGAUCGCACGUCUUCCCUAUUGCUAGUGGCCAAUACCAGAUUCGAGUCAUCUCGUACAUGGAAGUGUUGAUCCCCAUGGUUCCUUCUCCUGCUCAGCCAUUGUCUCAGUGA